AUGGCCGGAAAAAAGAAAAAGUCUUUAGCUAAUAAAUUAGCAAAAAUGUCAGAUGAAGAGAGAGCGAGGUACCUUCAACAUAGAGCCGAAAUUGAAGAAGAAGCUAAAAGAAGAAAGGAACAGUUAAUAGCCACAUUCAUGAAAAAAAAAAUUAAAAAAGAAGAAGCUUUUGGGAGGCUAAAUUUGGCUAAAAUUAAUCAAAACUGGCACCAAAUCUUACGAAAAAUAAAAGUGAAAGAAAUGAAAGAUGAUGUGGAACAUUUAAAGACAUAUAUUGAAAGGGCUUUGGAAUAUAAAAAUGGCACCAUUUCUAAACUGAUGGAGGAAUUGGAAGAAGCUGAAGAACAAUAUUCAAAUAAUUUUAAAUACCACUCCAUUCAUUUAGACGAAAUUAUUACAAGUCAAAAUAAUUACAUCAACGAUUUACAAAUGGAGUAUGAAAAAGAACUUAAGGAUUUUCUCGACGAUUCGAAGAAAGAAGAAGUUGAUAUAAUAGAAAACUCGUCAAGGGAAAUGUGCUAUUUAAAAACGAUUAUUUUUGGACAGGAAGCCAAAGCAACUAAAGAACUAAAAUAUUUUAAUGAAGAAUAUAACCAGAAACUGUAUCGAGCUGAAUCUAAGAACAAAGUGAAACUAUCGAACCUUCGCAGGACGCGCGGCGAUGUGGAGGUCGCCCUCUGGCGCCAGUUGUCGCAAGUGGUGCGCUCGUACGUUCAGAAAACCGACGCGCGAAGAUGCCAUUUGCAGGAAUUACGUAGGUUGGACGCGGAAAGCGCCGAAGAAAUCCGCAGGAAUGAGGAGCGGAUGAACAGCGAGGAGGAACUCAUUGGAACCUUAGAAAACAGUUAUGCCGAAAUAAAAAAGAGACGCGGAGAAAGACUACAAACGUUAGAAUUAGAAGAAGCAGACCUGAAAAAGAAAUUCCUAAUUGUGAAAAAGCGGCUGAAAAAUGAUUUGGCUUUAGAUGAAUUGAGAUUAAGAUUUCUCAGCUCUUGCUCAAAUAGUAUUUUGGAAUAUUUUCAAAAUCUGUUAUCUAAAGGUCAGCAUCUUGUGUCUUUGUCUGUUACGUGCACGAAGUUUGAGACAGAAAGAGAAAGGAUUACGAAAUGGAUACCGAUUACUGAGAUAACUUUGUCCAGGGAUGUAGAUGGGGGCUUAACCGAUGACGAGAAAUUGUACCAAAGGGCUGUAGAAAAAGGUUUUUCAUUACCAAAGUUAAAACAUACUGGAUCACCAACGUCGGAGGAAAAAAUCAGAACAAGACCAAUGACUUCAAUUACUUACGGAGUAUUAACAUCUCAAACUACCGAGGCCGAUAUAGAUAGUGAAGUAGAAUCAAAGAAAAUUGCACCCAUCGAAGACAUCAAAUUUGAAGCAAAAAAAUUGUGUGGAGGUUCAGAAGACCCGGAAUUGGAAGGACAAACAUCUUCAGGAGCUUCUUCAGUAUCUCACCAAAGAGACAUACUGGACGAAUGCAUUGAAGACCUGGAGAAAAUGGAAUCGUUUUGGAACUUGUACAAUAAAGUAGAAAUAGACGUAAUGGAACUUAAAGAAGAGAGGAGUGUUUUGCAAAAAGAAAACAAACAACUUAGAGGAUUUAUCAGGGCAGUGUUGGAAGCAGCUGCGUUAGCUAAAACUAUACCUGAUAGCAAAGUAUCAACUAGAGUACCGUCUCAAAGAGCGGCCUAUUCUGCACCUUUAAGAAGAAUCCUACUUAAUUAAUAGUUAACAAAAUUAUAGUACCAGUUCAAGUAUUUUUUAACUUUGAUCUUAUCUUAUUAAGUAGGUAUCUUUAAACUGUAGUUAUAUUUAAUUGCUAAUUGCUUAGGUGUUUGUGUUUUCACUCACAGAAUGGAUUUUUUCAAUUUCAGGUGUGCUUUUACAUU